AUGGUAUCAGUGGUGCCUGAGGAUGGAUCACAAACAAGUCAUUUCAUGAUCAGGCAAAACCAAGCAUACACAAGUUUCUCUUGAGUUGUGGUUGAACAGAGAAAUGUCAUGGUCUCUGAUUUGAAUGGAUGGUGGUGAGUUCUCUUCAUACUGGGAGUCGCAGGCUGAGACAGAAUAUCUGAUGGAGGGCGAUAACACUAAAAAGACUCUAUUCAGUUUGGUGAAGAAGCGCAUCCUCCUCUCCUUUCUCUGUGUUUUACCGCUUUGUCUUUUCAAUGGAUGGCUGAUAAGAUUCCAGGUUCUAACAGCCAUGAAUCCCACCAACUUCAGCAGCAACAGAAAUGUGACCAUCUUGCUGUGGUACUGGCCUUUCAGCAGGUCAUUCAGCUUGAGGGGUGAUGUGUGUUGGGACUUCUACCGCAUCCCUCACUGUAGACUGGUGGACCAGCGAUCCUUGUUCUCUUCAGCUGACGUGGUGGUCUUCCACAACAGAGAGCUGAUACAGGGCCGCCAGAAGCUGCCCUUAGACCUUCCACGGCCGCAAUACCAGAGGUGGGCCUGGAUGUCCCUGGAGGCCCCUGAUUACAAUGGAAACUUGCAGCAGUACGCUUAUAUCUUCAACAUGACCAUAACCUACAGGAGGGAUGCUGAUGUCACUGUACCCUAUGGCGAGUUGCUACCAAGGGAGGCUGAAGGACAUCUGAUGGAAGACAUCCCUCUGAAUAAGAGCUCUCUGGUCUGUUGGGUUGUUAGCAACUACCGGAGCCACCACAAGAGAAGCCAAGUGUACAGUGAGCUCAAUACCGCAGUUCCUGUGAAGGUUUAUGGGCGUUGGACAAGCAAACGCCUCCCCUCUAAAGACCUCUUGCCUACAAUCUCUCGCUGCUACUUCUAUUUGGCUUUUGAGAACUCAGUCGCCAAAGAUUAUAUCACAGAGAAGCUGUGGAGGAAUGCUUAUCAAGGUGGGGCGGUGCCUGUCGUCAUGGGACCGCCGCUGAGUGAUUACAAAGCUGUGGCUCCACCUAAUUCUUUCAUCCAUGUUGAUGAGUUUGCAACAGUAAAAGAUUUAGGAAAAUAUCUACAAAAGCUGGCAGAGGACAAGGAAUGCUACAAUGAAUAUUUUACCUGGAAACAACAUUGGAAAGUGAAACUGUACACAGACUGGAGAGAAAGAUUGUGUAAAAUCUGCAAACAGUAUAACAGUUUACCUCGACAUAAAGUUUACUCUGACCUAGAGGCCUGGGUGAGUGCUAAUAACACUUGAGCUUGCAUAGUUAUGGUUAAUCAUUAAUUGACAAAUUGUGAAUUUUUCACAUUGCAUUUCUGACACGCAGACAUCAUUACCUAAUUUUCUGUUUUAGGACUAACUUUAUGAUUCUUAAUGCAUUUGUCAUGUUAUUGCUGUGCCAGUUUAAAAAAAAACAACCUCAAACUGUAAUAAUCAGAUCAACAGAAAAAGGAUGAAAAGAUGGUAGAAAAUUAGGGGGAAAACAAUAAUUACUAAUGAAAAUGUGAUGAAUUAAAUCCCCUAGACUCAGGAAACCUUGUCCAACAUUUUAAAAACUUUUUGGGAGAUUUAUCAAAAAUAAAAAACUGAUAUCUCUUAUUUACAAUAGUAUUCAGACCCUUUGCUGUGGCACUCAUGAUUAUGGUCAGGUGCAUCCUGUUCGCUUUAAUUAUCCUUAAGAUGUGUCUAUGACUUGAUUGGAAUGCACCUGUGGCAAACUGAAUGGAUUGUUCAUAGUUUAGAAAGGCACACACCUGUGUAUAUAAGGUCCCACAAUUCACACUACAUGUCAAGACGAAAACCAAGCCAUGAUUACCAAGGAAUUCUCUGUAGACCUCUGUGAUAACAGCACCUCUGUGGUGAGGCAUAGAUCAGGGCAAAGGUAUAAAACGAUUUCUAAGGCUCUGAGUGUUCCAAAGAGCACAUCACCCGGCUAAUACCAUCUCUAUGGUGAAGCAUGUUGGGGGCAGCAUCAUGCUAUGGGCGGGCUUCUCAGCGGCAGGGACGGGGAGGCGGGUCAGAAUUGUGGGAAGGAUGAAUGCAACCAGACUGGGGAAACAAUGACCCGAAGCAUACAGCCAAGACAACGCUGUAGCAGCUACAUGACAUGUCUCUGACUGUCCUCGAGUGGCCCAAUCAAACCCCAGACUUAAACCCCAUAGAACAUCUAUGGAGAGACCUAAAAAUGGCAGCUCACAUAUAGUUCCCAUCCCAUCCAACAGCGCUUCACAGGAUGUGCCAGGAAGAAUGAAAUAAACUACCCAAAUCCAGGUGUGCAGGCCUGUAGAGACAAAACCAAGUAGACUCAAAGCUGUUGUUUCUGCCAAAUGGGUUUCUACAAAGUCCUGAAUUAAAUGUCUGAAUACUUUUGUAAAUGAGAGAUUUGUUUCUC